AUGAAAGAUGCUCUGCAAGGUAUUCAAGAGCUGUACAACAAGGGGGUUAUUCACCUAGGUGAUCCGAACAUCAAAACCCGGAAUGCUAUGCUUUGCGGUACUAAAGCGAAGUUAUCUGAUCUCCGAUCAACAUGGGCUGUCCCCGCCUUCCGUUGGAAUGGCACAGCCCAUGGCCCGCAUCAGUCCAGAAAUCCUAUUUGA